AUGUCGAUCCAGAUGACCCUAAUCUUCGCCCUAUUGACCGUGGAAUUCGGUUUGGUCUCCGUGCUUCUAUUGCCGCUUCCGCCAAAAGUUCAGAGCCUGGUGUUGCGCAAGUACGACGAGGCGAUCAGCAACUCCAACUUUGCCAUAGUGUUGGCGUUUACGGACGCCCUUGUGGGCGUAAUGUUUGUCGACGCUUUCAAGAAUGGGUUCAAGCUCUUGGAAAGAGGUGAUGAGAUCAUAGAAUUCAGCAAAAACGUGUGGGACGCCCGUGCAAAGAAGUUCUACUCCCAGCGUAACCUAUACAUUCUGGGUGCCAUCUUGGCGCUACAGGCGUGCGUCUGGUUCAUGUCGAUGUUGCUCAAAUCCACAGUCAAGAAUAAGGCCCUGCUGGGCGGUUUGUCGAACGAGGGUAAGACCCCAUCCUCUUCCUCUGACGCUAAGACUCCCGAGACAGAAGCACUAGAGAAGGAACUUGCCAAGGCUCAACUGGACGUGGACACAUUGAACAAGCAGUACGAUUCCCUCUUUGCCGAGUACCAGAAAAAGAAUGCCACCCCUGCGGAAAGUGAUUCAACCAGAAAGGAAAAAUAA